AUGACCAAGCGAACUCAUCUCACUUCAGACGACUCGUGUCUGCCUCUCAAGAAGCGUCGCAACCUCGGCCAAGCUCUCCACGGCGUCGCCCACGCCGCCGCCUUCAUCGUGCCCGUGCCGCCCAGGACGCCCGACUUCGCGUUCUCACCCAUCUCUCACCACGGACCCGCCACCUACUUCUUCAGGCCUUGGUGCUCGCCAGAGACGCUCGUUCCAGCCAUUCCGGCGAACAAUGAUGUCCUUUGGCAAGAAACAAUUUCGUCGGGACACCUUGGCGUCAGCAGCGCCCCCUGCAUGAGCGAAAGCCUCGUCACCGACACGAAUGACUCUGGAAUCAGCGAAUCCAGCGCCGAUUCCUCCCUGGAAGGUUCACCCUUGCAGACGCCCAUGAGCGCCGUCUUCAGCCCUCCCGCGAGCGACAUGAGCCACCGCGAGACCCCUCGGAUUGACGCGCCGCCCUUCGCAUCGCGGACGCCGCUCUCGGUCCACGGGGAGAGUCGCUUCGACUGCGAGGACUGCGGCCGCAAGUUUAAGAAGCGGGCGUACCUGGUGCGCCACCGCCGCCUGCACACGGGCGAGCGGCCCUACAGCUGCGACAUCUGCAGCGCCACCUUCUCGCAGAUGCCCAACCUGUGGUACCACAAGCGCAUCCACACGGGCGAGUCGCCGUACGAGUGCGCCGUGUGCCAGCGCAAGUUCCGCAGCUCGUCGCACCUGAAGCGGCACCAGAGGCUGCACACGGGCGAGACGCCCUACGCCUGCCCCAGCUGCCCCGCCGCCUUCAUCACGUGGGACAAGCUCAACAGACACAAGAUGAUCGACCAUCAAUAG